AGCCUUCCUAAGCUUCCCAUCAUAGGCAAUUUAAAUCAAUUCACUCGAUCAGGUUCACCAAUCCACCAAAAUCUAUGGCGCCUCUCGAAAAUGUUCGGUCCAGUCAUGCUCCUACACCUCGGUCGCAUACCGACCCUCAUAAUCUCAUCAGCUGAAGCAGCAAAACAGGUCAUGAAAGAUAAUGAUAUCAAAUGCUGCAGCAGACCCUCCUCAUUCGGGUCUCGGAAACUCACCUUCAACUAUCUUGACAUGUGUUUUGCGCCAUACGGUGAGUAUUGGCGAGAGAUAAGAAAGAUAUGUGUUCUUGAGCUCUUCAGUGUGAAAAGAGUGCAGUCGUAUCAGGAGAUUAGGGAAGAAGAAGUGGCUAAAAUGAUUGCUUCAAUAUCCAAAGAAUCUCCAUCUUCGUCCUCAUGUGUUGAUCUUACUGAGAAGUUGUAUGCUGCCAUGGGCAGUAUGGCUUUCAGGGUUAUUUUAGGGACAAGUUUCGAAGGGAGUACUUUCGAACACCAUAGGUUUCAUCACGUGCUUCAUGAAACUGAAAUAAUGCUAGCAGGUUUUUCCGCAGCUGAUUAUUUUCCUUCUAAAAUCGGGUAUUUUAUAGACAGGAUUUCCGGGAAACAUAAACAAUUUGAAGAAAGGGUUUCCAGAGAACUUCACGGCUUUUUUCAGCGGGUGAUUGAUGAUCAUCUCAAGCCUGGGAGAACACAACAAGAACACGACGACAUAGUUGGCGUGCUGCUUAAAAUAGUCAAGGAGCAAACUGGUUUGGGAUCUGCUCAUCUUGGCCAUGAUAACAUCAAGGCACUCCUCGUGAACUUCUUUUUAGGUGGAAUAGAUACUGGCGCAAGUACCGUGAUAUGGGCAAUGGCAGAGCUAGCUAAGAAGCCGAGAUUGAUGAAGAAAGCACAAGAUGAAAUGAGAAGCUGCGUUAGAAACAUAGGAAAAGUCUCUGAAAGUACUACAGAACAACUCCCAUACCUCAAGAUGAUAGUCAAAGAAACACUUCGACUGCAUCCUCCAACUGCCUUGAUGGCUCCCAGAGAAUCCAUUGCGCCAUUUAAAGUCCUUGGUUAUGAUGUUGAGCCAAAAACACAAGUCAUUAUUAAUGAUUGGGUUAUUUCACGAGAUCCCGAAUUUUGGAAAGACCCAGAAGAGUUCAUCCCAGAAAGGUUUGACGAUAGCUCUGUGGAUUUUAAAGGGCAGCACUUUCAGUUCCUGCCUUUCGGAGCUGGUCGGAGAAUUUGUCCGGGGAUUUACAUGGCAACCACCACAGUGGAGCUUGUACUUGCAAAUCUGCUGUACUGCUUCGAUUGGAAAUUGCCGGAGGGAAUGAAGGAGGACGACAUCAACAUGGAAGAAACAACCGGGGAACUUGCUCUCACUGUCUCUAAGAAAACUGCUCUCAACCUUGUCCCCGUGAGGUUUUCCACCUAGCAAUAAUGUUCUUUUGUACACUUGAGUUGUAAAAUGAAAGUUUGAGAAAUAAAGGUUUGGACGUUAUAGUGUU